AUUUCAUUACUGGGUGACCCUGUUGUUUAAAUUUUUUUUCUUUUUUAACCCCACUCUUUACACUUUUUUUUUAAGAAUGUUCCCCUCUCAAGAAUCCUUAAAGAAGAACUUCAUUGUUCCUUCUCCCGCCGGUGAUGUUGCUGCCCCUACUGGUGCUGCUCUCUAUGCCCGUUUCGCCCUUGCUGGUGCCAUCUGUUGUGGUGUCACUCACGGUGCUAUGACUCCCGUUGAUGUCGUCAAGACCAGAAUCCAAUUAUCUCCCGAGAUUUACAACAAGGGUAUGGUUGCUGGUUUCCGUCAAGUCAUCAAGGCUGAAGGUGCUGGUGCUUUGUUGACCGGUCUCGGUCCCACUGCCGCUGGUUACUUCUUGCAAGGUGCCUUCAAGUUCGGUGGUUAUGAGCUUUUCAAGAAGACUGCCAUUGAUUUCAUUGGUGCCGAAAAGGCCUCCGAGAACCGUACUGCCAUCUACCUCGGUUCUUCUGCCGUUGCCGAAUUCUUCGCUGAUGUUGCUCUCUGUCCUUUGGAAGCUACUCGUAUUCGUCUUGUCUCUCAACCCACUUUCGCCACUGGUCUCCUCGGUGGUUUCUCCAGAAUCUUGAAGGAAGAAGGUGUCGUCAAGGGUUUCUACUCUGGUUUCGGUCCCAUCUUGUUGAAGCAAGUUCCUUACACCAUGGCCAAGUUCGUUGUCUUCGAACGUGUCUCUGAGGCUUUCGUCAACUCCAUUGGUUUGCCCAAGGACCAAAUUGCUCCCUCCACAAUGACCGCUGUCAACCUCGGUUCUGGUAUUGUUGCCGGUACCGUUGCUGCCAUCGUCUCUCAACCCGCUGAUACCUUGCUGUCCAAGAUUAACAAGCAAAAGGGUGUUGCUGGUGAGUCUCUCUCUUCUCGUCUCAUCUCCAUGGCCGGUCAACUCGGUGUUAAGGGUCUCUUCUUGGGUCUCGGUCCUCGUGUUGUCAUGGUUGCCACUCUUACCGCUGGUCAAUUCGCCAUCUAUGGUGAUAUCAAGCGUGUUUUGGGUGCUACUGGUGGUGUUGAAAUUGCCAAAUAAGUUACUUGCUGUUAAUUAUUCUAUAUUAAUCUUGUUUGAAUCUUUCUUGAGAGGUUGUUUUUUAAAUUUAUAAAAAGUCGAAACCAUUCUUUUUUUUUAUUACACACAUUUAGAAAUAAAAAAAAAAAAAAAAAAAUUAGUCAUAUACAGGUUUUAAGACA